GAGCUGGGCGAGCUGCCCGAGGCGAGGGGAUGGCGCGGAGCGCGGAGGGUGCGCUGCUGCUGGUCCUGAUCUGUUUUGCCUUUGGAAGUGGACUCCAUUUAGAGGUCUUGAACACAAGAAAUGAAAAUAAGCUGCUUCCUAGACACACUCACUUAGUGCGGCAGAAGCGUGCCUGGAUCACUGCACCUGUGAAUCUUCGGGAGGGAGAGGAUCUGUCCAGAAAGAACCCAAUUGCCAAGAUACAUUCUGAUAUUGCAGAAGAACAACUCAUAAAAAUCACAUACAGAUAUACUGGAAAAGGGAUUACAGAGCCACCUUUUGGUAUAUUUGUCUUUAAUAAAGACACUGGAGAUUUGAACAUUACCAGGAUUCUUGAUCGAGAAGAAACACCUUAUUUUCUGCUCACUGGUUAUGCUUUCAAUGAACAAGGAGAAAGCCUGGAAGAACCAUUAGAACUCCGCAUUAAAGUUCUUGAUAUCAAUGACAACGAACCAGUAUUCACACAGGAGGUCUUUGUUGGGUCUGUUGAAGAAUCGAGUGCAGCACAUACCCUUGUGAUGAAAAUCAACGCAACUGAUGCAGAUGAGCCCAAUACUCGAAAUUCUAAAAUUUCUUAUAGAAUCAUAUCUCAGCAACCUGCUGCUGCAUUCCACUUGGAUAAAGAUACAGGAGAGAUUUAUACAAUCAUUAGUAACUUGGACAGAGAGGAACACAGCAGCUACAGUUUGACAGUAGAUGCAAGAAACGAGAAUGUACAAAUAACGGAUAGACCAGCAAAACAAGCUAAAGUUCAGAUUCGUAUUUUGGAUGUCAAUGACAAUAUACCUGUGGUACAAAAUGAAGUGUUUGAAGGGGAAGUUGAAGAAAAUCAAGCCAAUGUAGAAGUUAUACGCAUAAAAGUGUUUGAUGCAGAUGAAAUUGGCUCUGAUAAUUGGUUAGCAAAUUUUACAUUUGUGUCAGGAAAUGAAGGGGGUUAUUUCCACAUAGAAACUGAUGCUGAAACUAAUGAAGGAAUUGUGACCCUUAUUAAGGAAGUAGAUUAUGAAAAAAUUAAGCAUCUUGACUUGAGUGUUAUUGUCACCAACAAAGCAGCUUUCCACAAGUCAAUUUUGAAUAAAUAUAAACCUGUAUCCGUUCCCAUCAAAGUAAAGGUGAAAAAUGUGAAAGAAGGUUUUCUUUUAAAAAGCAGCACAGUCUCAGUUCAAGUUAGCGAGGGCAUGGAUAAAUCAAGCCUAAGCAAAGUAAUUGGAAAAUUUGAAGCUUUUGAUGAAGAUACUGGACAGGUAGCCCAUGUAAGGUAUUCAAAACUGGAAGAUAUCGACAAUUGGAUAUCUAUAGAUUCUGUCACAUCUGAAAUGAGGCUUGCAAAAAUUCCUGAUUUUGAAUCUAGAUAUGUCCGAAAUGGUACAUACACUGUAAAGAUUUUGGUUGUAUCAGAAGAUUACCCUAGGAAAACUGUCACUGGCACUGUUGCUAUCAAUGUUGAAGACAUCAAUGACAAUUGUCCCAAACUGGUCAACCCAGUGCAAUCUAUCUGUGAUGAUAGACCAUAUGUGAACGUGACUGCAGAAGAUCUGGAUGGACCCCAAAAUAGUGCUCCCUUCAGUUUCUCUGUUAUUGACAAACCACUUGGAAUGGCAGAACAAUGGAAAAUAGUACUCUACGAAAGUACCAGUGUGCAACUGCAACAGAAGGAACUAAAGCCUGGGAGAAGUGAAAUUCAGUUCCUGAUCUCAGACAUUAAGGACUACAGUUGCCCUGAGAAGCAGAUCCUUGAACUCACUGUCUGUCAGUGCCGGGAGGGCAGUGACUGUACGAAAGAGAUACUCCAAUCCUCUGUUGGCCUGGGAUCCCAAGCAAUUGCCCUCAUAAUUUUGGCCAUUCUGCUCUUGCUAAUGGUACCGCUUCUUCUGCUGAUGUGCCGGUGUAGAGUGGACAUCAAAGGCUUUACGCCCAUUCCUGGCACUAUAGAGAUGCUACAUCCUUGGAAUAACGAAGGGGCACCACCUGAAGACAAGGACAUGCCACCACUUCUGACAGCAAAUCGCUCCGAUAGCGUCGACCUGGGCCAUAGAAUUGGAGGUGGUACCUCACCCAGUGUCCCCAUCAUCAAAGGAAGUAGCUCUGCUUCCUUCAGCAAAGUGCAGCCCAAGAGUGAGAUGAAUGGGAGAUGGGAAGAACAUAGAAACUUUACUUCUGGUGGUGCUGCCCAGGUUACAGAGACCAUCGGAACCCUGGCGGGCACUCAAACCAUAAUGAACACACAAUUCAUAGCAGCUUCCAAAGACAUGACCUCUUCUGUUGCAGCCAUUGGAGCUCGAGCCAACACUGUUGCAGUGAACGAGGAAUUCUUAAGAAAUUAUUUCUCUCAGAAAGCGGCUGCUUUCACUGAGGACAAUGACUUCCACAUGGCCAGAGACUGCCUUCUGGUGUAUGCUCAGGAAGACACUAACUCUCUACAUGGUUCCAUUGGCUGUUGCAGUCAUAUUGAAGACGAACUAGAUAACUGCUCCUUAGAUGAUCUAGGAUUUAAAUUCAAGACCUUAGCUGAAGUUUGCUUGGGUCGAAAAAUACUUACAGAUAUGGAAAUUGAGCAAAAAUCUGUCAGAGAAACAGACACGAAGGCACCCUCCCAUUCACACUAUGAGCAAACGAGGGUCAAUUCACAGAAUACCUACGCCUCUGGUAGUAGCUUUCAGGUUCCAAAACCUUUGCAUGAAGCAAAUGCAGAGACAGUAACUCAAGAAAUAGUCACUGAAAGGCCUGUGUCUUCUAGGCAGAAUCAGAAGGUAGCUACAACCCUUCCUGAUCCCUUGGCUUCCGGUAAUGUUAUAGUGACAGAAACGUCCUACACUACUGACUCUGCUCUGCCUCCAAGCAUGGUGAUUCUGACCCCUAGAAAGCCUCAGGGCCUGAUCGUGACGGAGCGGGUGUAUGCCCCAGCUUCUACCUUGGUAGAUCAGCAUUAUGCUAGUGAAGAUAAUGUCAUGGUUACCGAGAGAGUACUACAGCCUAACGGUAGCCUCGCUGGGCCCUUGGAAGACACUCAGCAUCUGGCAGAUGCAGAUUAUGUUAUGAUGAGGGAAAGAGAGAGCUUCCUCACCCCCAAUUCCGGGGUACAGGCCACUCUGGCCAGGCCCAGCUUAACAACUGUUGGCCAUUCUCAUUCUGCCGUCACCUCGUCUUCCACCAGAGUCUCCAAGCAUAGCCGCAUCCAGCAAUCUUACUCCUAAACGUGGUCAGCACAGUCUGAGCUAGAGGUUAACUAGCAGUGACUGGUUCAUGUUUUCAAUGGACCUGCCUUUUCCUGAGCCUUACAGACUUAAGAGACACAUCACAUUGGGUUUAAAGUUUUUCUGAGUCAUAAUAUGCAAAGGACCUCACUGUCUCAGCUUCCAGGAGUGUGCUUAGAUUUGUCCCAUGAUUUACUGAGGGCAUAGUGAUGAUACUGUAGCUGAAGUCAUAUAGUAUUCACAAAAGCAGCCAGAGAGAAAGAACUGGCUGCUCUGAAUUUACCAAAUUUACAGAGUAUGUAGUUCAUCAGUCACCCAACAGAACCACCCAUGAAGCUUCCUGGACCUCCAUACACUUUAACAUUGCUUCCUGUAUUCUCUACUUAACUGCAUCUAGCAGAUUGUCAACAACUCUUUUAUCUAAAGAAACAUGCAAAAUCUGGGCUACUAGUUUUGUUUGUUUCCUUAGACAGAGGCCUUUUACUCUGUCUUGAGUUGACUGAGUUUUGGAACACUAACUUGGUAAAAACACGCAUUGUGUGUUUCUUUGUGAGUGUGCAGGUGUGUGUACACUUGUGUACACAUUUGCGUGUAUGACCUUAAAAAUAGCAUUAUGCCUUCCCUUUUCUCAAUUGUCAUGAAGAUAUUGAACACUUCAAAUUCAGUUGAAAAUUCAAGGGCAAAAUGCAUAAAUAAUAGUAAUUUGCUUUUUAAUAGUAAUAAUAUUAAAAAUCUCAGGGUGCAUUAUUUUCUAUUUAUAAUAGUACAGCUAAAUCACCCCACUAGACUCCAUUCUCUCCUGUGAUAGGAAUUGUGCCUACUACACUGUUAGAUCCUCAGUGCCUAACAUGGGUAUCAAAUAAGUAGUUGGGAAAUUAGAUGAAAUUUUGGAAACUAUUCUAUUGCCAAAAAAAAAAAUUGAAAGACCCUGUAUCUGCAAUUAUGAAUUUGAAAUUGUGUGUUUAUUCUGUGUCAUAAAGCCACUGUGGUUGUGACUUACUACCUGAGUAUUAAAUAUAGAAUUGACCUAAUUUUGUAUUAUAUCCUUGCUUUUCCUUUUGAAAAGUUUUUGGGGUGUUUUGGCUCCUAGGUUGAUUGUAUUUUUAUUGCUCCUUGAAAAAGCUAAUACAUUUUAAGUUUUGAUGUAUAAAUGCAUAUCAGUAAUGAUUUAUGUAAAUAUUCUGCAUAGCUAAGUAAUUUUUAUAAAUUUUAAAGACUGUAUUUUUGUGAUUUUCCCAAGCUAUUUUGCUAAAAAAGAAAAUCUUUAAAAAUUCAUUGUAGCACAUUUUUAGAAACAUUGUUGAAUUUUGUUACACAAAAGCUUUAUACUCUUUGUUCUCACUGACAGUGGAUGGGUAAAGGCAAAUAUUUUCAGACACAAUAUAAAUCUGGCCAAGAUGAAGAUCACUCUUUGAUGAUCUAAAUUUUUUACUUACUACUUAGUAAAUGUUGCAAUCUUUUUCAUUAUAGAUAGUAGUUAAUAUUUUACUAAGUAUGGAACAGGAAUAUCACUUUUGUGUGAAAAUGUAAAUAUGACAUCUGUAUUCCAAACAAACAAAACUUGUUCUUAAACUUCCUCCUUGGGCAGGCUCGUAAAACUUAGCCUGACUCUGUAUAUGGCGUAUUCACAUUUUCUAAAUGGUUUUCUCUGUCCUUGAGAGGGUGAUUUGUAUUAGUUUUUACAUGUGUUCUGUGGGAAAUUAUAUUUGUAUGUGUAUCACAUAAAAUAUUUAAAUAAAAAGAUGACCUUCAGAGCUAUC